GGUGAACCCACUCAAGGCACAUGGUCUUGCAUCAGUGAAUCCCAUUAGGGCAGAUUCAAGUCUGGGCACGUAGACUAAGGGUGCCUGAUUGAAUACUCAUUUCUACCACUUGUGGUACCAUUAUUAGCUGUGACUUUUGGUGAAGCAUUAAUAUGCUAGAGCCAUCUCCCAGGUGGAGUCAUGGCUUGAUUCCUAUAAAUGAUUAAUCUUGGGGAAGAAACGCUUGAUUCAAAAAUUAAUUUGAGUAAACUUGCUAGUUUACAGAGUAACUUACAUAAGUGGGACAUCAGUUGCUAUCUGAUGUGAAUAAGAAUUAACAUAAAGUGCUUUGCCUGGAAAGCUUUUCUCCUGCCUUUCUCAGCAGAGCGUUCCUUUCUGGGAGGAAAGGCAGAACAGUGUCUGACUGAGAGCAUAGCACCUGGAGCCAGAUGUCUUCUGCUUUGAUACCAACUUUGCCACUUGUCAGCAGCAUGGCUUUGGGCGAAGUACUUCAUCACUCUUUACCUUGGCUUCCUAAUCUGUAAAGUGGGGAUGUUGAUAAUGAGACCUAGCCUGGAGGAUCGUUAUGGGGCAAAACAUACUCUUACUUUUAUGGACAAGAAGACCCAGGCUCAGAAAGUCAAGUGUCUUCCAAGUUCACGGAGCUGGUCUCACCCACCAAAUCAUAAUGAAUAUCUAUAUAUUUGGAGAUAGAGAUGAAAACCACGUGGCUGUAUCCAGUUGGAAUGAAAAAUAUGAACUGUCUCUCUUGUGCUCCUGCCUCCUACCAUGAGAAUAGCAAGUCUCAGAUGGAUCCUAAUAGAAUAUCAGAAGAUGGCACUCACUGCAUUUAUAGAAUUUUGAGACUCCAUGAAAAUGCAGAUUUUCAAGACACAACUCUGGAGAGUCAAGAUGCAAAAUUAAUACCUGAUUCAUGUAGGAGAAUUAAACAGGCCUUUCAAGGAGCUGUGCAAAAGGAAUUACAACAUAUCGUUGGAUCACAGCACAUCAGAGCAGAGAAAGCGAUGGUGGAUGGUUCAUGGUUAGAUCUGGCCAAGAGGAGCAAGCUUGAAGCUCAGCCUUUUGCUCAUCUCACUAUUAAUGCCACUGACAUCCCAUCUGGUUCUCAUAAAGUGAGUCUGUCCUCUUGGUACCAUGAUCGGGGUUGGGCCAAGAUCUCCAACAUGACUUUUAGCAAUGGAAAACUGAUAGUUAAUCAGGAUGGCUUUUAUUACCUGUAUGCCAACAUUUGCUUUCGACAUCAUGAAACUUCAGGAGACCUAGCUACAGAGUAUCUUCAACUAAUGGUGUACGUCACUAAAACCAGCAUCAAAAUCCCAAGUUCUCAUACCCUGAUGAAAGGAGGAAGCACCAAGUAUUGGUCAGGGAAUUCUGAAUUCCAUUUUUAUUCCAUAAACGUUGGUGGAUUUUUUAAGUUACGGUCUGGUGAGGAAAUCAGCGUCGAGGUCUCCAACCCCUCCCUACUGGAUCCGGAUCAGGAUGCAACAUACUUUGGGGCUUUUAAAGUUCGAGAUAUAGAUUGAGCCCCAGUUUUUGGAGUGUUAUGUAUUUCCUGGAUGUUUGGAAACAUUUUUUAAAACAAGCCAAGAAAGAUGUAUAUAGGUGUGUGAGACUACUAAGAGGCAUGGCCCCAACGGUACAAGACUCAGUAUCCAUGCUCUUGACCUUGUAGAGAACACGCAUAUUUACAGCCAGUGGGAGAUGUUAGACUCAUGGUGUGUUACACAAUGGUUUUUAAAUUUUGUAAUGAAUUCCUAGAAUUAAACCAGAUUGGAGCGAUUACGGGUUGACCUUAUGAGAAACUGCAUGUGGGCUGUGGGAGGGGUUAGUCCCUGGUCAUGUGCCCCUUCACAGCUGAAGUGGAGAGGGUGUCAUCUAGCACAAUUGAAGGAUCAUCUGAAGGGGUAAGUUCUUUUGAAUUGUUACAUCAUGCUGGAACCUGCAAAAAAUACUUUUUCUAAUGAGGAGAGAAAAUAUAUGUAUUUUUAUAUAAUAUCUAAAGUUAUAUUUCAGAUGUAAUGUUUUCUUUGCAAAGUAUUGUAAAUUAUAUUUGUGCUAUAAUAUUUGAUUCAAAAUAUUUAAAAACGUCUUGCUGUUGACAUAUUUAAUGUUUUAAAUGUACAGACAUAUUUAACUGGUGCACUUUGUAAAUUCCCUGGGGAAAUCUUGCAGCUAAGGAGGGAAAAAAAAUGUUGUUUCCUAACAUCAAAUGCAGUAUAUUUCUUCAUCCUUUUUAAGUUAAUAGAUUUUUCAGACUUGUCAAGCCUGUGCAAAAAAAUUAAAAUGGAUGCCUUGAAUAAUAAGCAGGAUGUUGGCCACCAGGUGCCUUUCAAAUUUAGAAACUAAUUGACUUUAGAAAGCUGACAUUGCCAAAAAGGAUACAUAAUGGGCCACUGAAAUCUGUCAAGAGUAUUUAUAUAAUUGUUGAACAGGUGUUUUUCUACAAGUGCUGCAAAUUGUACAUUUUUUUGUUUUUUCAAAAUAGAAAAGUUAUUAGUGGUUUAUCAGCAAAAAAGUCCAAUUUUAAUUUAGUAAAUGUUAUUUUAUACUGUACAAUAAAAACAUUGCCUUUGAAUGUUAAUUUUUUGGUACAAAAAUAAAUUUAUAAGAAAA